AACGCGAGAGAAGUUGUAAUAACAAAACUACCCAUUCACAUCCCUCAUCGACAACACUAAACUUAACGGUCGCAAAAAGGCUAAUAUUGUCAGUUACGCACUAAUUACAAGUCUGCACACCGUCGCUGACUGCAUUACUAGAAUAUUGCAUUUGGGUUUAUUUCUGUCAAACAAACGGAGCCUAGAGAAAUAGAAUUCUAAAAAUGGGGGACAGAGAUGAAGAUUGCGAAUGCAGGCCAUUGGGUUUCUUGCUGGGCUUGCCAUUUGCGUUUCUGGCUUUGAUCUUAUCUAUACUCGGUGCUGUUAUCUGGAUCCUCGGAUCUAUAGUGAGUUGUGUGUGCCCCUGUUGUUGCUGCUGUGCCGGGCUUUUGAAUCUGGCUGUGGCCCUUGUUAAGCUCCCCAUCAAAGUGCUCCGAUGGUUCACCAGAAAGAUCCCUUGUUGAUUUAUUGUUUUCUUCUUUUCGAUUGACUAGAAGAUGCGGAUUGUAAUUUUUCUCAGUUUCUCAGGAUUACUGUAUGCAGAUGUCUUUUGCCAAAUACGAUAUGCAGAUUUCUUGCA